UCCUCGCGCUAAGAGAGGGUGAGUGAGAGACUCGACCGGGAUUGUGGGAGCGAUCAGAAACAGCCCUCACAACAUCAUCAGCUACAGACGUCCACGGCUUUAACCGUCCCAUUCCUUUCGCCGACACAUCACUGGAGACCAAGCAACCAUCCUCACUGUCCUCAAACACACUUUCAGACGAGAGACCGACUUGUUUUUUGUUGUUGUCAUUUUAGACACACAUAGGCGACUUUUCGGCACGGUUCUUUUUCAUGUUGUGUUCCUGCCCGUGCUGGAUUUAAGUGCGUCUUUGCGAAGUCCAUCCCUGGCACGCAACGGCUUCCUCUACGCUGUCAUUCGGCCGGACGACACAGCCGGAGACUGCCUGUGGUAUCUCACACUUACCGGACAGAUUUCAUGCAUAAUAAAAUACGGAUGCUGGAAUCUUUGAAUUGAUCGGAGCAAGUAAAGAAGAAGAAAGAGCAGUUUGAGGAAAGGCAGAAGAAGAGCAAGGAGAGAAAGCGCAACGUUCUUUAGGGAGAGGAGAGAAGAAAAGGACGGGACGAUGGGGAGGAAAAAGAUUCAGAUCACGCGGAUUAUGGAUGAACGCAACAGACAGGUGACAUUUACUAAGAGGAAGUUUGGCCUGAUGAAGAAGGCGUAUGAGCUGAGCGUGCUGUGUGACUGUGAGAUCGCCCUCAUCAUCUUCAACAGCACCAACAAGCUGUUCCAGUAUGCCAGCACCGACAUGGACAAGGUGCUGCUCAAGUACACGGAGUACAACGAGCCCCACGAGAGCAGGACCAACUCUGAUAUCGUGGAGACGUUGAGAAAGAAGGGUCUAAACGGCUGUGACAGCCCCGACCCCGACGCAGACGACUCGGCAUUAAGCAAGAAGGAGAACAAAGGUGGCGAGAGCCCGGAGCUCGAGUCUGCUCUCACCCUCACCCCGCGCACUGAGGAGAAAUACAAACAGAUAAACGAGGAGUUUGAUCAUAUGAUCAAAACUCAUAAGAUACCUGGCGUGGCCCCCUCCAACUAUGAGAUGCCGGUGUCCAUCCCUGUUAGCAACCAGAACAGUCUCAUCUACAGCCACCCAGGAGGUUCCCUAGGCAACCACAACCUGCUGCCCCUGGCACACCACAUGCAGAGGAACAGCAUGUCCCCCGGUGUCACACACAGACCUGCCAGUGCAGGUGGCCUCAUGGGUGCUGACCUCACCACUGGUGCGGUUAGCAGUGCUGGCAACGGCUACGGGAACCACCACCGUAACUCGCCCGGUCUGCUGGCCUCUCCGGGUAGCAUGAACAAGAGCAUGCAGGCCAAGUCUCCCCCACCCAUGAACCUGGGCAUGAACAACCGCAAGCCGGACCUGCGCGUGCUCAUCCCCCCUGGAGCCAAGAACAACAUGCCCUCCAUGAACCAGAGAAUAAACAACUCCCAGUCAGCACAGUCAUUGGCCACCCCUGUGGUUUCAGUAGCAACACCCACCCUACCAGGACAAGGCAUGGGCGGUUACCCAUCAGCCAUCUCCACUUCAUACGGUACUGAAUACUCGCUGAGCAGUGCAGACCUAUCCUCCCUGUCCGGCUUUAACAGCGGUAGCUCCCUCCACCUGGGCUCCAUGAGCGGUUGGCAACAACAACACCUCCAGAACAUGCAGCAUUCGGCCCUCAGUCAGCUAGGAAAUUGCAAUAGCAAUCACUUAUGUCAGAGUUCAAAUCUCUCCCUGCCUUCUGCUCAAAGCCUGCACAUCAAGUCCGAACCUGUUUCUCCUCCUAGAGAUCGCACCAGUAGCACACCGUUGUGCUACGGCAUCCAUCAGCAACAUAACCCGUCGUCCCGCCAGGACUCGGGCCACUCCCCUGUCGACAGCCUGAGCAGCUGCAGCAGCUCCCAUGAGGGCAGCGACCGGGACGAGCACAGGAACGAGUUCCACUCUCCACUGGGACUGUCUCGGCCCGCCAUGGACGAGCGCGAGAGUCCCUCAGUCAAACGUGUGCGCCUGUCUGAAGGGUGGGCCACAUGAUAGCCCAGCGUUGGCCGUUGCCCAAGCCCUGCGACGUAAUGAUGCCUCGACACCAUCGCCCUCUAUAUCAACACGCGACACGUCACUCACCCCCAGACCACGUGCUCUCUCUCUCUCUUUUUCUCUAUCUUUCUGUUUCAUUGGAGGAAGGGGGGCACGCUUUUCUAAAUUUAACUGUAAUGUUUUCUUUUUUCUUUUUUGCAGAGUAUGUGUGCUAUACAUAUUGAAGUUCUAUAAAGCAGUGGGGAUGGGCCUGGUGAUCCAAGAUAAAAUGGGUGUUGGUUGGAGUUAGGGAUAUUUUUGCUGGGGAGCUAUGCAUUAUUUGUGCCGCGUGGAAAAAAAUGAUGCAUAGAUAUUUACACGAGUGUGUAUGUGUAAAUAUAUGCAUAUCAACAAAUAAACAACAAAAAAGUCAGGUACUCUGUUUUGUAAAAGUACUUGCCUCAAUGAUAAUCAGUGACUGGAGGAAAAUUGAGAGCAUAUGUUGCUGAUCGAACAGCCUAGCACUUGAGUUGGUCAAUACAUGUGUACAGAGUCAAUUUCAUUGCUAACUUUCUCCGUAGUUCUCCCUUGCAAAAUGUAUGUUACGAUAGAUGAUGUCAUGUUGCAGGUUCAACGUAUUUAUGUAAAUAGAGGGGGCAGGGGCAAAGGGGAGGGGUCAAACGUGGCUAUACAUUACAGAUUAUUCAUAUACAAAAUGAAAGCUAAUAUGCAACAUUUGAAGGAUUGUACAGGUAUACCCCACAGGCCCAUUGGUAGAUGUGAGGAACCAAGAUGAGAGAACCCAUGCUAAACAUAAAGCUCCUCAUCAAACAUGGAGCACAUUGAUAGGACCAUCCUUUUACCCAAGAGCCAUGUUAGUUGAAUCAAGAAACCCUGGGUCUUGUAUGAAAUAUUCAGUAAAAAAAAACAACUGUUGUACGAUAGACUUGCUUAUAUUUUCAUAUGAAAGGUAUACAAUGCAAAGCAAUUUUGUGGCUUUUUGUAGUUUCUAUAAGCCAGAAUGUGUUUUUUGAUAGCUUUGCUAAUAUAAGACGGAUAGUCUGAUGAGAAAUUAAAAAACCCUAAGCCAUGAAAACAGACUGAGAACCCAUGCUUAGCUGAACUGUUUUCUCUUUCUAGAGGUUUCGUUUUUAAACGUGUUUCUAAUUAUAUAUAAUAAUGAUAAUAUUAAGAAUCUUAAAAAAAAAAAUCUGUGAAUUAACAUGCUUGUGUAUAGCUUUCUAAUAUAUAAAUAUAUAUAAUAAUGUUUUUUCUUUUUUUUCUUAGUGGAGUUUUCUAUGUGCAAUUGCACAUAUUGUCUGUUUUUUGUGUUAUUUGCGCCUGGGACAGUGCUGUUCAGAGGCGUAUUUAGUCUAACCUUGAGAACCAGUUGAACCGAGUUGUGUUUGUGAGUAAAUUCAGAAAGAUUGAUCUCUUUGCUGACAAACAAUUUAUUUGUGGAAACUGUGUGGGGAUUGGAACUUGGGGUUAUUGCCCAUGCAGAUGACAUGCGUAUUCUGUAUAUUUUGAACAUUUUAUUUAAUCUCUUCACUGCAAAUCCUUUGCCAAUUAUUACAAUGAGACCCAAACUUGUGUGCAGGACACCACAUAAAUCCAGAUUACAAUAUUUAUUUUGAUAGUUCCAAAUUGUAUUUGUGUCAAAUGAUCAAGCUGUUGAGUAUAUCGGUGGUCUAUUGUUAAUCACAAGGAGUUGUGUCAUAUUUGACCCUACUCAGUCCAAUCACCAGCGCAGUGUUCCACAACCUCCUCAGCAGUGUAACAUGAAGCAUUCAAACAAGAUGUUGUAGGAAAAUGCUGGUUUGGGAGAAGUACAACAGUUGAUUUCAGACAAAUAUAUAUAUAUAUAUAUAUUUUUUUUUUACAUGAAACUAGUCUCAUUUCUCUCUGCCUCUCACUCCUCAGUCUGUUGUCACUCAAGUGUUAUGGUAUUUCUAUGUGCAUAUUUCAUGCAAGUUCACUAUGUUGUUGCUGUAUACAGUCUGUGUAGUCAGAAACAGGGGCAGAGCCCCUACUGUGUUCUUUCUUUCUUUUUUAUUCAAUACAAAUGGUUAAAAAAAAACACAUGAUAUUUCAGGCAGCAUAUAUGUGGAAAACCAAAGCCAGUGGCAUUUCUGUGUUGUAAUAUUAUUCAACUUUUAUUUUCACAUUCAUUUAUGGUUAUUGCAAGCAUUGAAAAAAAACAUCAAUAAAAGCAUUUGCUCAAAAUGUAGAAUUGGUUUCCCAUUUCAAUUGGAUUUGGUCAUACUGUUCAUAGUUGAUAGAGGUUGAGAAUACCAUCACAUGUCCUCCUUGAGACAUGGCAGGUAUAGUAGCUAGUACUUAGUAGCUAUAGUGUCGUGUUAUCAGAAUGCAUUUCCUUGUGAACUGCAGGCUAAAAUCAUAAAACAAAAGUGUAAUUUUUUGUAUAUUCAUUGAGUCAUUGAGUAUCAUGGAAAAGUAUUUUUUCCAAAUCCCACUUUUGUUAAUUUAACUGAUUGAGUUACUUUGCUGUUUUGUGCCACCUGCUCACUAAUGAAUUACAGAAAACACAACACCAAGAGCUCCCUUCAUUUGAGCUGUGGUGUGUUUUUUGAGGUGUAGGUGGCAUUUAUUAAUAUUGUGUAAGCAAAGACAUUGAGCAUGCUUGAUUUAUUUCAUAUUUCAUUUUGGUUAUGGAUUUGAAGCAUCUGUAUUUCUUCACCUGUUGAUCAGUUGUAAAAUGCCAUUAUUCUGUAUUAGCCUCUAUACUAGUCCCUCUAAUUGACUCACCCCAGUACCUCAGCUACCGUUUGAUCGGUUACGUCUAGUGCAAAGGGGAGACCAUACACUUGUACAGUAAUGUGUUAUACAUACACUUGUACAGUCAUGUGGUAUACCAUUGCCAACUAUUACCAACUAUUCACUUGGUAAUAUUAUAAUAAUAUUUGAUUAUUGGAUUGCUCCACCAUGUUUGCGGUUUUCUUUAUUUUAGUUGUAUACAUUAAAAAAGGUGGGGGGAAAAAAUGAGUAGCUAAAAAUGAUUAACAGUCUGUAAUAACUUAUGUAGCUUCUAGAAAUCUAAACGUUGGAGAGGUCUGAAGUUAGUGUUUGGAAAGCCAAAGCGGCUUUCAGCGGCAUAAGCUGGCCUUUGUUGCCACUCGAAGAUAAGAUAUUAUUCAAUUAAAGCCACAUCUCUGUAUCUCAUUGGACUUGAUUCAGCUGUAUGUAGUGAAAAAGUCUGGAUCCUAAAAUCAAAGUUUCUUCUGCUGGGGAAAAGAUAUUUGUAUUUUGCAGAGAAUUCAGUAAAAUGACUGGCUUUCUUAGUUA